AUGUCCACCGCGGUUGCGCCUGUCCAGGCUGCUCCGCUCACUUCGCCGCGCAUGACCCGUGACUUGAGUCCGAAGAAUUGCCCAACUCUGGCACCCGCGACUUCGAAUAAUCAGAACAGCACUACGCCUCCUCGGCUGUCUGGACCAUCACGGGAUGGAUCGUUGACUCAAAGCUCACCCGCAGGAAGGAAACCGACCUCCCCAUCGUCGCAAAACGGGAUAAAUUCUUCGAAAGUCAUAGUUAAGAAGGAGCCACCCUCAUCGCCCGCAAUGCAGUCCCAUACUCGACCCCGUCCCCGACGACUUGAUCUCUCCACUAGUCUCCCAAACUCGGGAGGUUUGUCUGCCCGGGCCCCAGGCGGUCCAAUGACUGCCCGAGAUGGCCUCAACAUGCAGAAUGUCGGAAUCGCGUGCUUGUCGCCGGGCUUCCAAACCCACGACCCAGUCAUGAGGGAGCAACUCCAACGGAGCUUGUCAGUCCGUGAUCAGCAGAGAUCCAUCAUCGAAUCGCGUCUACAGAAAUCGGCCAAGGACGAUGGGCCAGAGGGAAUCAAGCCAUCGGACUCGUUUGGGCUACCCAAGACCGCUGCCUCGAAGCGGAGACCACCGGGGUUAUCCAUCAUACCUCCAUCUGCAGCUCAAUUCGCAAAUGAGCGUGUGAUCCAAUCCGCACCACUGAACCAGACGUUUACAGGUCGCCAUGAGCCACAGCCAUUGACCCGCCAUAUCGUCAACCAGAGUCCUACUCUGGGGUCUACAUCUCAUAUUCACCAUGUUCCUGCCACCCAAACGAACAACCGCCUUCCACCACUCUCGGAUGUGUUUGGAACGGACGCUCUAGGAGGUCGUGAAAGGGAGAUCAAUCGGGGACCUUUUUACCCUGGCGCAUCCGGUGCCAGCUCAUCGCAAUCAAACAACUUACCGCCCAUCCCGUCUCCCAGGAUGUCCCGUGAAUCCGCUCAAAUCCCCAAGCGGCCAAGAGAGUAUCGCUCUGCCGAAGAAGCGGUCCAGGAGAUGUCGGGUGGCCGGGAAGAGCUUCUGCCUCGCAUUGUGCACUACGGCGGCCACCAACCGCCAACCCCACCGUCUCCGCGGAUUGCUAAUGGUCCCCCCAAAUCUGGCGCACCUCAUCCGGAGAUGACGCCGGCGACAAAUGUGCAACCACAGCCAGCUCUGUAUCUUUCGGAAAGAUCUGCCCGUCGGCGCUCUCGAAACGAGUACGAGCAUGAGCAUGGAAGUCCUCCACUCGGCCACGGUCCCGAGCAACACUAUCGCCCGAAUCCAGCUCUGGCUUCUGGUACAAGUACCGGCCGUGGUCCAUUUGGUGCUGGUAGAGACUCGCCCGAAACCCAAAGAAAGAAGAAGGAAGAAUUUCUUAGUCUUUGCGCCCGAGCAUGGGAUUUAUUCCAUUCUUGA